ACUCCAGCCUGGGCGACGGAGCGAGACUCCGUCUACAAAAAAAAAAAAAACCACAAAUGUUCUAAAUGGAUGGGAGGAGAAUAAACGCUGGAACAAGGACGAAGGCCUUAGGUUGCGCAAACUCGGAUGUCAUUGAAGUUUUUCUGCCUUUGCGCUGCAAAUGUGUCUCACAAAUGUGAACAAACUUAGAAUUCCUCGGGCGUCGCCCGUUCGCCGUCGGCCCACAUACCGGACUCGCGCGCGUUAGCCCGCAAGACAGGACUCGGCCGCGGCCCGCGCAGCGGCUGAAGCGCCGGGGCAGUAACGGCGGACGUCAAGCAAGUCCGGCCGUCGGUUACUCAGGGCCCAGGAAUCACGGCCGCCCCGCCGCAUUCUCAGCGGCAACAUGUCUGCGACGGCGGCCCUAGGGCUGCCGGGAGAGCCGCGGCGACGUCAGUUCCUCCUUUCGGAGCUCUGAUUGGUCAGAGCGCCCGGCGCUUCUGGUUGGCCGGCCCUGCUAUCAUCCCAGAGUGCAUUGCGGGGCCGCUUCCUUUCCGCUCGGCUGUUUUCCUGCGCGGGAGCCGCAGGGCCGUAGGCAGCCAUGGCGCCCAGCCGGAAUGGCAUGGUCUUGAAGCCCCACUUCCACAAGGACUGGCAGCGGCGCGUGGCCACGUGGUUCAACCAGCCGGCCCGGAAGAUCCGCAGACGUAAGGCCCGGCAAGCCAAGGCGCGCCGCAUCGCCCCGCGCCCCGCGUCGGGGCCCAUCCGGCCCAUCGUGCGCUGCCCCACGGUUCGGUACCACACGAAGGUGCGCGCCGGCCGCGGCUUCAGCCUGGAGGAGCUCAGGGUGGCCGGCAUUCACAAGAAGGUGGCCCGGACCAUCGGCAUUUCUGUGGAUCCGAGGAGGCGGAACAAGUCCACGGAGUCCCUGCAGGCCAACGUGCAGCGGCUGAAGGAGUACCGCUCCAAACUCAUCCUCUUCCCCAGGAAGCCCUCGGCCCCCAAGAAGGGAGACAGUUCCGCUGAAGAACUGAAACUAGCCACCCAGCUGACCGGACCGGUCAUGCCCAUCCGGAACGUCUAUAAGAAGGAGAAAGCUCGAGUGAUCACUGAGGAAGAGAAGAAUUUCAAAGCCUUCGCUAGCCUCCGUAUGGCCCGUGCCAACGCCCGGCUCUUCGGCAUACGGGCAAAAAGAGCCAAGGAAGCCGCAGAACAGGAUGUUGAAAAGAAAAAAUAAAGCCCUUCUGGGGACUUGGAAUCA